CCAAACAAGCCCCGGAUUUCUCACUAAUGAGUCGGGGGCGGAGAAGUGAGAUGAUGAAAAUGUUUGAUAGUUGGGAAAUAAACGCUUUUCUGCUAUCACGCCGUAAAGUUUAAAGAAAAUGUUUACACUGGAGCACUGUAAUGUCUGUUAGUACAGCCGCUGCAAAAUUCAGAUUAUUUUGGCAUAAAAUAUGCAGAUCAAUUAAGGAACCUCCCACGGUGGUUAGACCAGUUGACAUGCUACGUUUCUCUGGUUUUACAAAUUGCUCAGAGAGAGGAAAGAGCUGCCUGUGUGGAAAGCCAAGUGUGAAUUCAUGGACACUUUGGCCAAAGGACAGUUUGUUGUCGUCAGUGGCACUGCUGAAACUGGCAGGAGUUCACAAAUUCCUCAGUGGUGUGCUGAAUUCUGCCUGUCAGUCCAAUUCCAGCACGGCAUGGUGGUUUGUACCCAGAUUCACACUCAGCAGGCAGUAGAUCUCGCAUUAAGAGUUGCUGAUGAGAUGGAUGUCAACAUUGGCCAUGAGGUCGGGUACAACAUCCCUUUGGAAAGUUGCUGCGCUAACGACACAGUCCUCAGGUAUUGCACAGACGACAUGCUCCUAAGGGAAAUCAUGUCCGACCCUUUACUCGAGCGCUACGGUGUGAUCCUUAUAGACCAGGCCCACCAAAGGACUGUAGCCACCGAUGUACUCAUGGGUCUGCUGAAGGACAUUGCUCUGCAGAGGCCUGAGCUCCGUGUGGUCCUCCUCACAUCAGUCGAACCUGGACCCAAGCAGAUGAAGCACUUCACCGGGUCUGCGAUGCCUCUGAUCUGCCUGGAGAGCCUGGGAGCAGGAGAGGCGGUGUACAGUAGCACCGGUGACGGCUACUUCUGCGCCGCUCUGCGUCUUGUGCUGGAGAUCCACCGCUCCGGGGAGGGAGGAGAUGUGGUCGUGUUUCUGGUGACGAAGCAGGAGAUAAAUCUGGCCCAUGACAUCCUGUGUCAUGAGGGGAACAGUGUACCCCCUGACCUCGGCGAGCUCCAGCCCAUCACUGUGCACCCCGGCCAGCCUGGGAACCUUCCAGUCCAAGGGGAGGAGGAGACAAAUCGGAGCCGCCGAGUGUUCCUCACAUCCAGCCCCAACGAGGACUUCUUCUGGGCUGUGAACUCAAUAAGCUUUGUCAUUGAUGCAGGGCUUGAGAAAAGAUAUAUAUACAACCCAAGGAUCAGAACAAACUCAGUCAUCAUUCAGCCAAUCAGCAAAGGCCAAGCCAGGAGUCGAAGACAGCUGGCAGGUCCAACAGGGAAGUGUUUCUGUCUGUACCCAGAGGAUAGACAACUUCCUGCAGACAUCCGCCCUCAUAUUGUUGAGUCUGACAUCACUUCCACUGUGCUCUUCUUGAAGAGGAUGGAGAUUGCAGGUCUGCGUCAAUGUGACUUCAUCGACAGACAAGGCUUUGUUACAAAAAUAACUGGAAACAUCAACAACAUCAUCAAAGGUAUAAUCCGAACCUCUACCAUAGAUCCUGAAGGCCUCAUGCAGGCUUUGGAGGAGCUGGACUACCUGGCAGCUCUGGAUAACGAUGGGAACCUCUCUGAGAUGGGCAUCAUCAUGUCCGAGCUCCCUCUUGAGCCACAAAUGGCCAAAACUCUGCUCGCCUCCUGUGAGUUCGACUGUGUCAGCGAGGUGGUCAUCAUUGCUGCCAUGCUAACAGCACCAGCUUGCUUCCUGGUUCCCUCUGUGGACCUGAAGCCAGAGGCGACACAGUGUCACAUGAAGUUCCAGCACCCAGAGGGAGACCACUUCACCCUGAUCAACAUUUACAAAGCUUUUAAACAGUACCAGCAGGAUCCACACUGUGAUGUGGAGAAGUGGUGUCAGGAUUUCUUCCUGAACCUCUCUUCUCUGCUGACGGCCGACGCUCUGCGCGCUGAGCUCACUGACACUCUGAAGAGGAUCGAGCUGCCCAUCUCAGUACCUGCCUUUGGUUCUCGCAGCAACACCCUCAACAUAAAGAGAGCUCUGCUGGCAGGUUUUUUCAUGCAGGUGGCUCGGGAUGUGGAUGGAUCAGGGAACUACUUCAUUCUGACCCACAAGCAUGUCGCACAGAUCAAUCCUCUGUCCGCAUACGGAGCCAAGACUCCCAAACUGGGCCUGCCAGAGUGGGUUCUGUUCCAUGAACACUCGUUCUCUGAAGACAACUGCCUCCGCACCGUAUCCCACAUAACACCGGGGCAGUUCAUUGAGAUGGCGCCUCAGUAUUUCUUCUACAAUCUGCCACCUAGUGAGAGCAAAGACAUCCUGCAAAACAUUCUGAGUCACGGAGCAGCUCAGUACCACGAGGAGAAACAACCAACCUCUAAAGAAGAACCCCGGGAGGACCAGAGCUAUGACCGCUGUGUCGUACAAUGACUGAUUGAACCACUGCUCCCUGUAGUGCUGAUGAACUGACCAGCAGGACUUAAUGCACCAUAUUUUAGUGCAGGCACAUUGUCUGGAUAUGUGUUUUACUGAUGAUAAUAUUUUAUGUCAUAGAGGAUUCAUUCUCUUUUUUUUUAGCACCGGUCAGCCCUCAGUUUCAUCUUCAUACCUUGUAUUUAUAUUUGAACAAAGUGCACUAGAGUGUUACAGAAAAUCAGUGAUUGUUGUUCCUUUGUGGAUUUUGAGUGCACGGUUACUGAUGUUUGUUCUUGAUCCUCCUUUUCAACAAAAAAAGUGGUUUAAAUAACAAAAAAAACAUUCUCCUUCUUUAAAAAUGCCAUUUCUAGAUAAUAAUGCCAUCUCAAUAAAUAUGGUACUUGUUUCAAAAAGUG